AUGCGUUACUGCGUUACCUGUAAAGAAACGGUAAAGCGCCACCCCUAGUUUUAACUAAAUUUGUUUGACAUUAAAUAUUUUAACUGAUAAAUAGUAUCUUCUGUAUUGACAUCUGUCUUUUUUCUCGACC